ACUUCAAGCCCAAGAGACUAAAACCUCUCAACCUCCUGAAUAUGCCUUCUCUUUCAAAAAUCACACCUCACUUUGUUCAUGAUCUGCGCCACCUCUUGUUCUAAGCCUAAGAUCUCAUUUCAACGUUUCAGGUUUUUGAAAUGGUGAAUUCGGGGACUUGGCUUUCGGUUUUGAGGUUAUGUGCUCUUCUCCUUUUCUUGGAGGCCAAGGUUUUUGUUUUGGGUUGUGAUGAUAGUAAUGUCCAGGGUGGUAAUAGUAUAGAUGGGUCUGGUGGAGUAUCAGAGAUUUGUAUUAAUGAUCUGGCUAGUUUCAUGCCACCACCAUAUGGUAAUUCAUCUGAUAUAGUCUGCAUGCCUAUUUGUAACACUUUUGUUUUGAGGUACACCCAAACUAAAGAUCAUGUAAUGAACAUAAUAUUAUCUACUGUGUACACCACUGGGUGGGUAGGAAUGGGAUUUUCCAGAGAUGGAUUGAUGGUUGGUUCAAGUGCCAUUGUGGGAUGGGUUAAUCCGUUAAUAGAAAAGGCCAUUCAAGAAUUAAGCAAUACUAUUUGCGGGUUCAAAGUCUUCACAAGUUAUACCAGACAAAGCUGAAUUACCAUAUAUACCAUUUUUGAAGUGUGGAGAUGCAGAUCAUCAAUGGCAAGAGAGAGGAGAUUCAUUGGAGAUGACAGUAGCGUUAGAGGGCUUAAGUGUUUUGGAAGCGGGGGUAGCCACAGCGGAACAAGGCUGACCGGCUUAAUUUAUAUGGCUAGGGCCUUGCUAGGCUAGGGUUUUCACA